GCACGAGUAUGACCAAAAAAAAAAAAGUCGAUUCCUCCAGUCCACAGCGCAGCAGCAGCAGCAGCGAGCAGCAACUCCUCCUCCACCUUUCCUCUUCCUCUCGCCACCACCUACCCGACCCCAAUCCUCGCCCCCUCCGCCGCGCCGCGCCCCCGUAUCAAGCAUUGGGGGUUUUUGACGGGCAAAGGCGCGAGCUUUUAGCGCUCCGGCGCCGUCCAGAUCCGCCGCGCCAUGGCGGAGGCGGAGGCGGCGGACGGCGGCAGCUGGCAGGAGAUGAUGCGGCGGAUCCUGCCCCCCGGCGCCCCCGUCCCGGAGGAGGCGCCCAACCUCGACUACUCCAUCGCGCUCGUCUACGACGGCCCGCCGGUGCCCUACGACCUCCCCAGGGUCGACCCGGUGGAGAUCCCCACGGCGGAGCCUGCGUCGGGACCCCACACCCGAGGGCUCCCCGUGGCGCCGGUGGUCGACCCGGUCCGCCUCCCCGUGUCCCGGAUCGCCCGGUGCGGGGAGCCCGCCAGGCAGGGCGGCGACGGCAGCUCGGGCUCCGUCAACUCGGUGCUGCAGAACGAGGAGUUCGACGACGAGGACGACGACUCCCGGUCGCGGUCGCACGGCUCGGCGCAGAGCUCGCCGGGCCCGGGGAGCCGGGACGGGAGGAGGGCCCCCGUGGUGACCUUCGGGUUCACGCCGGACAGCAAGUGCGGCGGGAGCGGCGACGACAUGUCGGAGCAGUACGUGGCCGUCACCAAGCAGGAGAAGAGGCGCCGCCGGAGGCGGAUGGCGUGCAACCGGUGUGGGAAGAGGAAAUGGGAGAGCAAGGAGGCCUGCAUCGUCUGCGACGCCAGGUACUGCGGCUACUGCGUGCUGAGGAUGAUGGGGUCGAUGCCCGAAGGCCGCAAGUGCGUCACCUGCAUCGGGGAGCCCAUCGACGAGUCCAAGAGGUCCAAGCUUGGGAAGAGCUCGAGGACACUCGCACGUUUGCUCAGCCCACUGGAAGUAAGGCAGAUUUUGAAAGCUGAGAAAGAGUGCCAAGCAAACCAGCUUCGGCCCGAGCAACUUAUCGUGAACGGCUGCCCGUUGAGGCCAGAGGAGCUGACCGACUUGCUUAGUUGCUCGCGGCCACCUCAGAAGCUCAAGCCUGGUAGAUAUUGGUACGACAAGGAGUCGGGCUUAUGGGGAAAGGAAGGACAAAAGCCAGACAGGAUUGUUAGCUCUAACCUCAAUUUCACGGGGAAGCUUCAUGCCAAGGCUAGCAGCGGUAACACCCAGGUUUAUAUAAACGGAAGGGAAAUUACAAAGAGUGAGCUGAAAAUUCUCAAGGUUGCAAAUGUUCAGUGUCCACGUGAUACACAUUUCUGGGUUUACGACGAUGGUCGUUAUGAGGAAGAAGGACAGAACAACAUCAAAGGAAAAAUAUGGGAGUCAGCCUUGACACGUUUUGCAUGUGCCUUGUUCUCACUUCCGGUGCCUCCUGGGGACUCUAAUGGAACCAAGGACGAAAUUCCCUUUGUACCAAGAACUGUCCCUGAUUAUUUGGAUCAGAAAAGAAUCCAAAAACUGUUGCUUCUUGGACCACCUAGUGCUGGUACAAGCACUAUAUUUAAGCAGGCUAAGUACCUUUAUGGAACAAGGUUCACCCAAGAUGAACUUGAUGCUAUCAAAUUAAUGAUCCAAAGUAAUAUGUUCAAGUAUCUUGGAAUUUUGCUAGAAGGCCGUGAGCGUUUUGAGGAAGAGGCUUUAUCUAAAUUGGAUCAAACAAUCCCGGAGGAUGAAGCAGCACAAAAAGAUGAAAAUAAAGCCAAUGGUGCAGAUUCGUGUAUAUACUCGAUAAAUGCAAGGCUGAAGAAAUUCUCCGAUUGGCUUUUGGAUAUCAUAGCAAUGGGCGAUCUAGAUGCAUUCUUCCCUGCCGCAACGCGUGAAUAUGCUCCAUUUGUCGAUGAGAUGUGGAAGGAUCCUGCCAUACAAGCAACAUAUAAAAGAAAGGAUGAGUUGCAUUUCCUCCCUGAUGUUGCUGAGUACUUCUUGAGCAGGGCUAUUGAGGUAUCAAGCAAUGAGUAUGAACCUUCAGAGAAAGAUGUGAUCUUUGCUGAAGGCGUAACCCAGGGGAAUGGGCUAUCUUUCAUCGAGUUCACCCUUGAUGAUCGCAGCCCCAUGUCUGAACCUUACAUCGACAACCCAGAGGCGCAUUCUCAGCCUCUAACCAAAUUUCAGCUGAUCAGAGUAAGCGCCAAGGGCAUGAAUGAUGGCUGCAAGUGGGUGGAAAUGUUUGAGGAUGUUCGCAUGGUGAUAUUCUGCGUAGCGCUCAGUGACUAUGACCUAGUGGGCCCACCUGUGAACGGCAAUCUUCAGAACAAGAUGAUGCAAAGCAAGGAGCUAUUUGAGGCUACUAUCAGGCAACCAUGCUUUUGCGACACGCCAUUCGUGCUGGUGCUCAACAAGUACGACCUGUUCGAGGAGAAGAUCAGCCGCGCCCCGCUGACGGCGUGCGAGUGGUUCGGCGACUUCUCGCCGGUGCGGACGCAGAGCAACAACCAGUCCCUCGCCCAGCAGGCGUACUACUACGUGGCGAUGAAGUUCAAGGAGGCGUACAACGACCACACGGGGCGGAAGCUGUUUGUGUGGCAGGCGCGCGGCCGCGACCGGCAGACGGUGGACGAGGCCUUCAAGUACAUCCGGGAGGUGCUCAAGUGGGAGGAAGAGAAGGACGACAACUACUACCAGGAGGAGUCCUUCUACAGCACCACCGAGAUGAGCUCCUCCCCCUUCAUCAGAGCCGAAUGAGCACUGCUGCCCCGUCGACGGCUGGCGAAGGCCGGCUCCGACCAAUGACGCUCCGUUUUUUCCGCCAGUCGGUUCCGUUUCGCGCCGUACAAAAAAUCAUUCAUUGAUUGUUGGUCUGUAAAAAGUUUUUCAUGUGAUGGAUGGGAUGUUUUUCAUGUCUUUGUCUUGGUUCUUGAGAUAGAGACGAAGCAUGAUUGAUCCGCUGGUGUGUAUGUAGUAUUAACGGUUUCUUUCUAGUCAGUGCACAGAUUGACCGGCACCAAUUGAUUAAUUUCGUUCUGAGACUGCUGCUGUUGGAGUAUGUAUGUAUUCAUUUUGGGGAAGUAGACAGCAAACAAAGACAUGGCCCUGAUGAUAAUAAACAAUAAAAAGAAAAGAGUUUGCUCUGGCA